UUUUGAAUCUUGUCUAGCAUCACCUCGCCCUCAACGCUGCAGCCGCCGACCGCUGGCUGUAAAGCGCCGGCUCUUCCUCUCAAGCUCCGCCCCGUUCCCCUUUGACCCCAGCCGAUGUCUCUGCGUUCCAUCUUCCUGUUCCAAACCACGUGGACGCGCGCUGGGCACUGCGGGGCAACAACGGAGGUGCUGCGAUCAUAACAACGAGGCGAUUCGCCCGCUUGCGAGCGCGCGGCCAGCUUCCUGGCUUGUGGUUGGCGGCGCUCGUUGCUACCACCGCAGCAGCAACAACAACAUGGCGAGCCAGUCUCACUCCCUCAGUUACGCGGGGUGCAACUUUUUGCGGCAAAGGCUAGUGCUUUCCACGCUGAGCGGACGGGCAGUGAAAAUCCGCAAGAUCAGGGCCAAGGAUGACAACCCCGGCCUCAGAGAUUUUGAAGCAAACUUUAUAAGAUUGAUUGACAAAAUAACUAAUGGCUCUAGGAUUGAAAUAAACCAAACAGGUACUACUUUAUAUUACCAGCCUGGCCUGCUCUAUGGAGGGUCACUAGAGCAUGACUGUAGUCCCAACCGAAGUAUUGGUUAUUACUUGGAAAGUCUUCUCUGCUUGGCACCAUUCAUGAAACACCCUUUAAGAAUUGUCCUCAGAGGUGUAACAAAUGAUCAAGUAGAUCCUUCGGUGGAUAUUCUUAAAGCAACUGCACUGCCCUUAUUGAAAAGAUUUGGAAUUGAUGGUGAAGAGUUAGAAUUGAAAAUUACCAGGAGGGGUAUGCCACCCAAAGGAGGUGGUGAAGUGGUAUUUGUUUGUCCUGUUAAGAAAACAGUAAAGCCUGUUCAAUUUACUGACCCUGGCAAAAUUAAGCGUAUCAGAGGUGUGGCCUAUUCUGUGAGAGUUUCACCCCAGAUAGCAAAUCGAAUUGUGGAUUCUGCAAGGAGCAUCCUGAAUAAAUUCCUGCCAGAUAUUUACAUUUAUACAGAUCAUAUGAAGGGAACCAGCUCUGGGAAGUCUCCAGGUUUUGGAUUGUCCCUUGUGGCAGAGACGACCAGUGGUGCUUUCCUUAGUGCUGAGCUGGCCUCUAACCCACAGGGAGAGGGUGUCACUGUACUCCCAGAAGACCUUGGCACAAAUUGUGCAAAGUUACUUCUUGAAGAGAUUUACAGGGGAGGCUGUGUGGAUUCAACAAACCAAAGCUUAGUUCUCCUCCUCAUGACCCUUGGACAGCAGGAUGUUUCCAAAGUCCUGUUAGGAACACUCUCACCAUACACAAUUGAGUUUCUGCGACAUUUGAGAAGCUAUUUUCAGGUUAUGUUUAAAAUUGAAAUGAAAUCGUCUGAUGAAGAGCAUAAAGGUGGUGAAAAAGUCUUAAUGACCUGUGUUGGCAUUGGAUUUUCCAAUCUGAGCAAGACAGUAAAAUGAUAAAGAGCCUGAAGAUUUUAAUGAAACAUGAAUCUAUGCCUGUAUGUGAAAAAGUAAAAUCCCCUUACCUGUUACACAGAUGGUAUUGUUCUGUUAUGAAACCUUCAUGCAAUUUUAGUUUGCGCUGAAAAAAACUUACAAAUUGCUUUUG